GGCGGGGCCUGCGCCGAGGGGGCGGGGCGGGGCGGCGCUCUAGGCCGAGCGGGAGGUCGGGGCUGCGGGCGCUCGCUGGUGGCGGAUCUGGAGGCGUCUGCGGUGGCGGGGCUCCGCGGCCGGGGUCGAAUGUGAUCAGGAGCCAUGAGCGUGGACAAGGCCGAGCUAUGCGGGUCUCUGCUCACCUGGUUGCAGACGUUCCACGUCCUGCCCCCCUGUACCAGCCCCCAGGACCUGAGCAGUGGCCUCGCCAUAGCCUCUGUGCUGAACCAGAUAGACCCUUCAUGGUUCAACGAAGCCUGGCUCCAGGGCAUCUCAGACGACCCAGGUCCCAACUGGAGGCUGAAGGUUAGCAAUCUGAAGACAAUCUUACAGAGCUUGGUGGAGUACUCCCAGGAUGUCCUGGGGCAUCCCAUUUCGGAGCAACACCUCCCAGACGUGAGCCUCAUUGGCGAGUUCUCAGACCCAGAAGAGCUUGGCAAGCUGCUUCAGCUGGUGCUGGGCUGUGCCAUCAGUUGCGAGAAGAAGCAGGAGCACAUCCAGAGAAUCAUGACCCUGGAGGAGUCAGUUCAGCAAGUGGUGAUGGAAGCCAUCCAGGAGCUCAUGACCAAAGACACCCCUGACUCCCUGUCAUCGGAGACCUAUGGGAACUUUGAUAGCCAGUCCCGAAGGUACUACUUCCUGAGUGAGGAGGCUGAUGAGGGGGAUGAGCUGCGGCAGCGCUGUCUGGACCUGGAGCGGCAGCUAGUGCUCCUGUCAGAGGAGAAGCAGAACCUGGCGCAGGAGAACGCGGUGCUGCGCGAGCGGGUGGGCCGGCCCGAGGGUGAAGGCGCCACCGGCCUCACUGCCAAGAAGCUGCUGCUGCUACAAUCCCAGCUGGAGCAGUUGCAAGAGGAGAACUUCAGGCUGGAGAGCGGCAGGGAGGACGAGCGCCUGCGUUGUGCUGAGCUCGAGCGGGAGGUCACCGAGCUGCAACAGCGAAAUCAGGCGCUGACCAGCCUGGCUCAGGAGGCUCAGGCCCUGAAGGAUGAGAUAGAUGAGCUGCGGCAGUCCUCGGAGCGCGCGGGGCAGCUGGAGGCCACGCUGAACAGCUGCCGGCGCCGCCUGGGCGAGCUGCGGGAGCUGCGGCGGCAGGUGCGGCAGCUGGAGGAGCGCAACGCCGGCCACGCCGAGCGCACGCGGCAGCUGGAGGACGAGCUGCGCCGGGCCGGCUCGCUGCGCGCCCAGCUCGAGGCGCAGCGGCGGCAGGUUCAGGAACUGCAGGGCCAGCGGCAGGAGGAGGCCUUGAAGACCGAGAAAUGGCAAUUCGAGUGCCGCAAUCUGGAGGAAAAAUAUGAGUCGGUGACAAAGGAGAAGGAGCGGCUGUUGGCAGAGCGGGACUCCCUGCGCGAGGCCAACGAGGAGCUGCGCUGCGCCCAGCUGCAGCCGCGGGGGCUGACCCAGGCCGACCCCUCACUGGAUCCCACCUCAUCAGCUGUGGAAAAUUUAGCAGCGGAGAUCCUACCUGCGGAACUCAGGGAGACGCUCCUGCGGCUUCAGCUGGAGAACAAGCGGCUGUGCCAGCAGGAGGCGGCCGACCGGGAGCGGCAGGAGGAGCUGCAGCGCCACCUGGAGGACGCCAACCGCGCGCGCCACCGGCUGGAGACGCAGCACCGGCUCAACCAGCAGCAGCUGUCGGAGCUGCGGGCCCAGGUGGAGGACCUGCAGAAGGCCCUGCAGGAGCAGGGGGGCAAGACUGAGGACCCCAUUUCCACCCUGCUGAAGAGGAAGCUGGAGGAACAUCUGCAGAAGCUGCACGAGGCGGACCUGGAGCUGCAGCGGAAGCGCGAAUAUAUUGAGGAGCUGGAGCCCCCCGUGGACGGCAGCACAGCCCAGCGCAUCGAGGAGCUGCAGCACAGCCUGCAGAAGAAGGAGGCCGACUUGCGGGCCAUGGAGGAGCGGUACCGCCGCUACGUGGACAAGGCGCGCACGGUCAUACAGACCCUGGAACCCAAGCAGCGGCCACCAGGGGGUGCGCCCCCAGAACUCUACUCCCUGAGGACACAGCUCUGGGAGCGGGACGUCCGCAUCCGGCACCUGGAGAUGGACUUUGAGAAGAGCCGAAGUCAGCGGGAACAGGAGGAAAAGCUGCUCAUCAGCGCCUGGUAUAACAUGGGCAUGGCCCUGCAGCAGCGCACUGGCGAAGAACGGUCUCCCGCGCAUGCCCAGUCCUUCCUGGCACAGCAGCGACUGGCCACCAAUGCUCGCCGUGGACCCCUGGGACGCCUAGCAUCCCUAAACAUGCGCCCCUCUGACAAACACUGAGAGACCUCGGAUGCUGCCGGCUGCACGGCCAGUCAUGGCAUACUCCACCCUGGAUUUCCCGACUCACAUGGGGCCUGGCAUCAUGCCUGGGCCAGCUGCUUGAGAGCCUCGAGGUUAUGACCUCUGCUCUUUGCUCUCCCAGAUGGGACAAAAGUUCAGGACAGGGUGGGAGGCAGAGAUGGGCCUGUUCUUUUAGCAAUGUGAUUCUUAUUUUUGAUUUUCUCCCUGGGGUCAAUGAACUGCCAGGGGAGAGAGUGAUUUUAUAUUUGAGAAGAAAAAUAAUAGAGACUUUCAAUCUGUCCUGGCUGGACUCUGGGCACUGAGGGGAGGGAGAGAAAAUGGGCCAGGGACUCAGAUGAUAGCUUUUAAGAAGGGCCUGAUUUGUAUUCUUACUAAAGUGUGAGUGACUGAUAGCACCCAG